UUGACACAGUUUGUCGCUAACGUUUAACGUGGAUGCGCGAUAUCAAGUGAAGAAGCGUUUCCAUUAUUUUUUUUGCGGUUCCUGAAGAAUCGUUUGGAGGUUUUCAUAUUUAUGGAAUCUAUUUUUGAUUAAAAUUAAGAUUAAUGUAGGAAAAAUUAAUUUUUUAGUAUCCAUAAACAAUAUAAAUAUAUAAUUUCAAAAUGUCUGAAAAUGGAAUGCAGAUGACCGAGGUGAAUAUAGAAAAUUCAACAUUAACACCACCAAAUAAAACUAACAGAAAUACGAAUCUCACCUAUGGCAUUGAUGAUGUCCCACCCUGGUACCUUUGCUUAUUUAUGGCUUUACAGCAUUAUUUAACUAUGAUAGGUGCAAUAGUCUCGAUUCCUUUCAUUUUGACACCAGCUCUAUGUAUGGCAGAGGAUGACCCAGCGAGAAGUUACAUCAUCUCCACUAUGAUCUUCGUUACAGGACUUGUCACUUUUUUCCAAACCACUAUAGGAUGCAGAUUACCUCUUGUUCAAGGAGGAACCAUUUCCUUUUUAGUCCCAACUCUUGCAAUCUUAAGUUUACCACAAUGGAAGUGUCCGCCACCAGAGAUUUUGAAUGAAUUGUCCUCUGCUAAUCGCACAGAAAUAUGGCAAAUUAGAAUGAGGGAACUUUCAGGAGCCAUUGCUGUAUCCUCUUUGUUUCAAGUAAUAGUUGGAUUUGGAGGUAUCAUUGGAUAUUUAUUGAAAUUCAUUACACCAUUGACUAUUGUGCCAACUGUUUCUCUAGUUGGAAUAUCCCUUUUUGAGAAUGCAGCUGAUGCUGCAUCUAAACAUUGGGGUAUCGCAGCUGGAACAAUACUGAUGUUAACAUUGUAUUCUCAAAUACUUGUUAAUGUGCCGUUCCCGAUAUUAAUGUAUCGUAAGGGUCAAGGAAUUAGAAUCGUGUGGUUUGAAUUAUUUAAACUAUUCCCGGUACUGUUAACUAUAAUAGUCAUGUGGAUAAUUUGCACGAUUUUAACUGUAACGGAUAUUUUACCAGUUGGUCAUCCAGCCAGAGCGGACAGUAAAUUAAAGAUUAUUAAUGAUUCUCCAUGGUUCCGAUUUCCUUAUCCUGGUCAAUGGGGUACACCUACUGUAUCCUUAUCUGGUGUACUCGGCAUGUUAGCUGGUGUAUUGGCAUGUACAGUGGAAUCUAUCAGUUACUAUCCAACAACAUCUAGAAUGUGUGGAGCUCCUCCUCCUCCAGUUCACGCUAUUAAUCGAGGUAUUGGUAUGGAAGGCCUUGGAACAAUGUUAGCUGGUCUUUGGGGAAGCGGAAACGGUACAAAUACGUUUGGAGAAAAUGUAGGAACUAUUGGUGUUACGAAAGUUGGCAGUCGCAGAGUUAUUCAAUGGGCAUGCGGAUUAAUGAUCCUCCAAGGAUUGAUUAGUAAAUUUGGCGCUGUUUUUAUCAUCAUUCCUGAGCCCAUAGUCGGCGGAAUAUUUUGUAUAAUGUUUGGAAUGAUCUGUGCCUUCGGUCUUUCUGCAUUACAAUAUGUAAAUUUAAAUUCUGCAAGGAAUUUAUACAUUCUUGGAUUUUCCAUUUUUUUCCCACUGGUUUUAUCAAAAUGGAUGAUUAAUCAUCCAGGAGUAAUACAAACCAAAAAUGAAAUAUUCGAUAGUGUAGUUACAGUAUUACUUAGCACAACUAUCUUAGUUGGAGGUAUUGUGGGAUGUUUAUUAGAUAAUAUUAUACCAGGUACACCUGAGGAACGUGGACUUAUUGCUUGGUCAAAUGAAAUGGAAUUAAAUACAGCAAAAGAGGAAAAAGAGGAUCAAGAGCACAUAUUUAAUACAUUUGAUUUUCCAUUUGGAAUGGAUAUUUUACGAAGAUGGAAAUGGACACAUUACAUGCCAUUUUUACCGACUUACAAACCUGGAAUUUAUUCAUGUGGUCAAAAAAACAAUAAAUAAUUUAAUUUUAUUUGAUAAUGAAUUGUUAAUUAUUGUGUGAAUUUUACAAAACGAUAACGCGAAUAUUGAAUGAAUCACUUUAUAAAUGAUGAAUUGUUAAUAGAAUGUAAAAAAAAAUGAUUGAAAUACAAAUUAAAAAAUUUUUAUAAAAAAAA